AAAGGCUCUCAAUAUCACAUGGGUAGUUUCUUGGUCACUUUGGACCAAGAUUUGCGAUCAUCUGCCGAUAGUCUCCAUGGAAAGUUUACGGAGUGUCUUUACGGAUAUUUGACCAAUCCCACGGAUAUUGAGAUUCAAACAGCUUUCGAGCAUUUUCAACUCUUGAAGGGCGCCAAAAAGACUUUGAUCCUUCAUACCAAGGAAUUUGGAAACCAGUUCAAUGAGGAAUUGAGAUCCAUUCACCGAAAUUUCCAUUUGACGGUUCAUUUAGAGAACACUAAGUUGGAAUUCCCCAUAAUUCCAUCUUCAGAGUGGCGAGGAAAACAUUUGAAAGUAUAUGCUUUGUAUAUCUGGCCAUUCUUGUCCCAAGACGAGGAUGGAUCCAUGUCUGGAGCGGAUUGGGACCUGAUCAAUGGCUUAUUGGAACAUUAUGGCAUGACUUUCAACAUGGUCCGGUCCACUAAGUUGUCAACCACUUUGUUGGAAAAUGGCACCACUUAUGGAUAUCUUUAUGAAAUCCAAAACCGUCGUUACGAUUUAGGCAUCGGUCAAUUAACAAUUACCCGGGAACGUGGACGCUAUCUUGACUUUACCCGUGACAUGUUUCAACGAGAACUCGGCUUUGCUAGUCAGCCUUUGCGAAGGGCCGGGAAGCCGGAGACCUUGAUUUUGCCCUUUGAUAACCAAACUUGGCUUUUUCUCAUCGCUUGUCUCUUCACUAUCACUUUUUUUCUCAUGUUCAUUGCCUUCAUUGAUGAGCAGCUAACCCCUCAUGACUGUUACGAGUCCUUCAUAAUGGCCUUUAGUCCUUUGGUCCAAGAGAGUCAACCUCCGAGGCUUUUCUACAAGUUCAAGUUCAGCACCAGGAGAUUCUUCUUGGGAAGUUGGCUUAUUACUGGCGGUCUCUUGGCCAUGUUCUACGAUAGCAACCUCUUGGCCACCAUGACCACGGUCAACUACGCCAAACCCAUUGACACACCUAAAGAGAUUAUUGCCUCCGGAUUACCGGUAUUCGUUUCACAGGGCAAUAUCUUUCAGACAGCCUUUACUCAAUCGCCCAUUCCAAUAUAUCAGGAGCUUUAUCGCAAAUCAACGUUAGAAAAAGGAGCUCUAUAUGUCUCAUCCAAUGGUGGAGCCGAGGAAAGGGAACGUAUGGUAGAUGAAGGAAAGGCCAUUGAGACGCUUACGCGUGUUAGGGCCAAUAACAACCCCAAGCGAAGAUACCAUUCAGAGUCCUUCUUUAUCGGGACUACUGCUUGGGUUGUGUCCAAAGGCAGCCAUAUGAAGAAUGUCUUGGAUUGGGACAUACUCAAACUUCAGGAGGCUGGGAUCAUGUUUUGGUUGGAGAAGAGGCACGUGGAGCUAAGGAGGGCCAAUCAAGGCCGUGGCUCAAAUACAGAGUUUCAGAGACUUUCAUUGGAACUUUAUCAGCCAACUUACGUGACCUGGGGGGUGGGUAUCGGAAUGAGUGUGGUGGCCUUUUUGGUGGAAAUGCUCAUGAGAGCCAAACCCAAACCAGUUAACCAAGCUUGAAGAUCAUUUAUACCUCGUUUGUUUUACAUAAACAAUUUUCAAUGAUGGGAGAAAACGUAGAAAUAAAAUGUCAUCAUAAUGUAACA